ACGGCGUUUUUCAGCGAAGGUAAACACCGCGCUGUCCAGCAGAGUGUGUGAAGUUUUCUAUCGCGCACGACAAAAAGAUCCGGGAAAAGUGUGUCCUUUUUUGUGCUACGCUUUGAUCAGUCUCUCCGCGAGAGCGUCGCUCUAAUCUCGCGUGAGCGUAAAUUUUGUGUGCGGGUUCUAUGAUUGUGCCACCCAUUCGUACUCGUGCCCAAACGGAUGCUGUAAUGGGAGAAAAUCUCAGCCAACGAGAUCUGCUCUCCUGAAACAGCCAGGCGUGCGAUCGUGUAGCCUGUUGCACAAAUUUAUAUAUUAAUGUGAGCGACGUUGGAGGACUUCAAUCCAGUGCGAUCACUAGAUUGAGACCGUUGAGUUCUUUUUUGAGACGAAAAGUGGCUUGGCGCUGGCGUCCUGUAGAAGUAGAACGUAAAGUUGCCUUCUUGAAUAGCUGCAAAAAAGUGUCUAACGGUUUGCAUCUAGCUAGGGAAUAUGUGCUCAAGUCAGGAUUUCUAAAAUUUGGUGUGCAAUCCGAAGUCCUGAGUGUGAAAGAAAAGUUCGAGUGUUUGUGAUACAACGUAAUUUUGUGUGACCACCAUUGGAAGAAAACAUUUGUUCAAAAUGACCCCCAAACCGCAAGAGAACAUCCCAGUUGUACAUGCUGGCGAGGACAAUGACAUGCCAGGAUCGUUGAAUAAUACCAGCAGCCUAGGGAACCUCAGCAACAAUCUGAAACUGAACGGCUUCAUCAACAAUGGCUUCGUUUCGGAUUGUCCAGCAAAGAGCGGCGAUGAAUCUGAGAAGAAUGCGAAAAAUAAGAACACAGAUUCGUCAGCUGCGGUACCCGAUAAGGAGAUACCGAUGGUUGACUUCGAUGAUCUCUUGCCGCACGUCGGCGAAUUCGGACGCUACCAGAAGAUCCUCUUUCUGCUUAUGAUUCCGUUCGCCUUCUUCGUGGCUUUCGUGUACUUUUCGCAGAUUUUCAUCACCCUCGUGCCGGAAGAUCAUUGGUGCAGGGUUCCCGAGCUAGAACACCUGUCUGUGGAAGAAAGACGUGCCUUAGCAAUUCCUGUUCACUAUGAGCAUGGAACUGAGUUUGACGACGGUGCUCCUACCUACAGCAAGUGUUCGAUGUACGCAGUCAAUUUCACCGAAGUAUUGGCUAACAACAUCCGUAAAGCCGAUCCGUCGUGGCCUAUUCAAUCGUGCAAGCAUGGCUGGGAACACAAUUUCACUGACGUGCCAUAUGCGACGGCUGCCACCGAUUUCGAUUGGGUUUGCGAGAACACCUACCUCUCCACGCUAGCACAGUCGAUCUUCUUCGUAGGUGCCAUUGUCGGGGGACUGCUGUUCGGUUGGAUCGCCGAUCGAUUCGGCCGUAUCCCGGCCCUAGCCGGGUGUAACCUGAUAGGAUUUGUUGCAGGCGUAGUGACCGCGUUCGUUGGAAAUUUCUGGCAGUUCGCCCUCUGCCGGUUCCUGGUUGGAUUUGCCUUCGACAACUGCUUCACGAUGAUGUAUAUUUUGGUGCUGGAGUACGUUGGUCCGAAAUGGCGCACCUUUGUGGCCAACAUGUCAAUUGCACUCUUCUUCACUGCCGCCUCAUGCUCGCUGCCAUGGAUCGCCUACUAUCUCGCCAACUGGAAGCUGUUCGCAAUUGUUACCUCUGCACCACUUGCCCUGGCCAUCUUUACACCACUCCUGAUUCCAGAAUCCGCCAGAUGGCUCGUGUCGCAGGGAAAAGUGGAUAAAGCUAUCGCAAUCUUGAAAAAGUUCGAAAGAAUCAACAAGAAGACCGUUGAGCCAAAGCUGUAUCAAGAUUUCAGCGAUAGCUGCGUUCGUCUCCAGAAGGAAGAAGAAGCAAACAGUACCUACUCGAUUAUCGAUCUGUUCAAAACUCCUCGCUUGAGAAAGAUCACCAUUGUGCUGAUUGCCAUCUGGAUGGCCAUUUCGUUGGUGUUCGACGGACACGUGAGAAACGUUGGCUCCCUCGGGUUGGAUCUGUUCUUCACGUUUACCGUCGCUGCUGCCACCGAACUGCCGGCGGAUACAUUCCUCACAUUCACCCUGGAUCGCUGGGGUCGCCGUUGGUUGGCCUGUGGAACGAUGGUAGCCAGUGGUGUGUUCAGCUUGCUCGCCACCACCGUUCCAGUUGGAGCCUAUUCGGCAACUCUAGCCAUCUUGGGUCGCUUCAGUGUGAACAUCUCGUACAACAUCGGCCUACAGUAUGCGGCAGAAUUGCUUCCAACAGUUGUUCGUGCCCAAGGCGUGGCUUUCAUCCACAUCAUGGGAUACGUGGCCAGUAUUGUUGCCCCAUUCAUUGUGUACCUUGCAAAUAUAUCAACCUCGCUACCGCUGAUUGUGCUGGGAGUUAUUGGAAUCAUCGGUGGGCUCCUGUCGCUAUUUUUACCCGAAACUCUUGGCCAAGAUUUACCCCAAACUCUGGCUGAUGGUGAAGAAUUCGGACGCGGCCAGAAGAUGUGGGACUUCCCCUGUAUUUCCAAGAAAGCCAGCGACGACGACGACGUGGAUGACCUUCCGGUGGAGCGUUUCACGCGCGCCACGUCGAAGACCUCGAUCGGGGCCUCUCUGCGAGCUUCGACGCGUGGCGAACUCAGCUCGAGCAUGUUGAACCGCUCAAUUCGAUCGCGCGUUUCGGUGCGUUCGGUGCACCAACAGUACCGGCUCAACGAGAUCGACAAUUGCGUCUAACGGCUCGCUUGCUUGCAACUCAGCACAUUUAAAUCCAUAGGAGAUAGAUUCAUAGACUUUUGUUUCUUGCGAGGCGGCUGCCGAAUGGCUAAAGGCGCUCUCGCGGGGGAACAGAACUACCUUCUAGUCAACCGUAUCGGAUGGUAUAUGUUUAGGUACAUUGUUCAACAUUGUUCACACUUCAACACCCGUGGAAACGAUUGGUAAGGAUGGAAGUAUGUAAACGAAUGCAACGCUAAGGAGAGAUAAAAAAAACAACGAGACGGACGCCGGCGGAAAAGCGAGAAAUCCCAGUUCCUAGAGAGA